UGAAUUAAGUGAGGUUAAGUUUGUUUUUGACAUAUGUUGAGUGAUAUAACCUCAAAAAAAGGAUAAAAAUUGUGUUUUUUCAAUAAAAUCUAAAUAUAUUUGAAAAAUAUAUUCGAAAAUGUUAUCAAUUAUACGGACCGAAAUUUUGCGCCCAACAAACGCUUUAAAUCAAAUAAAACGAUUCAGAGGUAAAAUAAACAUUCAAAGACCGAAACCUCCUCAUUUCGAGAAAGCUAAAAUGAUAGCUUUAACACAACAAUAUUUUAAAAAGAAAGAACGAAAACCUUUAUAUGAAUCAUGUGAAAAAGAUGUGAAAUACUCUAAUAAAGACACCGAAGAAGAAAACCCCUACCAAAGGAUUUUAGCUAAUGAAUUAUUGGGGAACUUUAAUGGAGCAAAAAUGAUUAUAUUUUUUCAUAAAAACCCUAUCAGUGGAGACGAUGAGGUUAUGGCAAGAGUAUUGUUUAAAAAACAGGAUAUGUUACUAAAAGGAUGUGGGAAAAAAACCUUAGAAAUGGCAGUGAAAGGAACUAAAUUCGAGAAUAUUUUGGAUUUUUAUGUGUCACAUAACAUGAUUUUAUUUUCUCCUCAAGUAGAAAUUAAAAAAGUGUUAAAUAUUAAUAAAAAAUACCCCGCUUUAAUUUUAUUAGCUGCGAUUGUUGAAGGAAAAUUUCUAAACAGGGAUGAUUUAAUGAAAUAUGCAGCAAUCCCUAAUUUAAUUACAGCCCAAUCUGAAUUUGUACAAACUUUAAAUAACGUUGGUGGUCAUUUAGCUUCACAAUUAAACGCUCGAUCAAAUAUCAUGGUUUCACAACUUCAAGAAAGGAUUAAGCAGUUAGAGGAAGAGAAAAAAUAAUGUUAGCGAGUUUUCAAUAUUAAUAAUUAAAUUAAAACAUAAAA